ACCAAACGGACAGUAGCCUGAACCGAAAAGAUGAGAGAGAAGAAGAAGAAGGGAAAAGCAGUAAUAGUAGGAGGAAGUAUAGCGGGGGUAUCAUGUGCGCACGCCCUUAUUUUAGCUGGAUGGGACAUUCUCGUGCUUGAGAAAUCAAAUACACCUCCUAAAGGGAUUGCAACUGGUGCUGGCAUCGGAAUCGACCGUCUGGCUCAGGAAAUCAUCCAGUCAUGGCUUCCCCAACCCGAGCUUCUUCAAGAGACCACCUUGCCUCUCACAAUUGAUCAGAAUAUAGUCACAGAUGGAGAUGAGGCCAUUAGAAUAUUAACAAGAGAUGAGAAUUUCAAUUUUAGAGCUGCUCAUUGGGCUGAUCUCCAUAGCCUUCUAUACAAUGCUUUACCACCAGACUUAUUUUUGUGGGGUCACAUUUGCCUUUCUUUCUGCAUUUCUGAAGACAGAACCUCCGUUGCAGUCAAGGCUAGGUCUCUUCAAACCAAUGAGAUCAUAGAAAUAAAUGGGAAUUUGCUUGUUGCAGCUGAUGGGUGUCUUUCUUCAAUUCGCAGGACUUUUCUUCCUGACCUGAAAUUGAGGUAUUCGGGCUAUUGUGCUUGGAGAGGGGUUCUUGAUUUUUCAAGAAAGGAGAGUUCUGGAACUAUUGUAGACAUUCGAAGGGCGUAUCCUGAACUUGGGAACUGCUUAUACUUUCACCUUAGUAGCAGUAGCAGAACUCACAUUGUGCUUUAUGAACUUCCCAAGAAAAAGCUCAAUUGGAUUUGGUAUGUCCAUCAACCUGAGCCUGAACUGAAGGGAAAUUCAGUUACCAUGAAAGUGAGCAAGGACAUGAUAAAUAAUAUGUACCAAGAGGCAGAGAAGGUCUGGCUUCCGCAGCUUGUGCGAGUUAUGAAAGAUACGGAAGAGCCUUUCUUAAAUAUCAUAUAUGAUUGUGAUCCACUAGAACAGAUUGUUUGGGACGACGUGGUAUUAAUUGGAGAUGCUGCACAUCCUACAACUCCUCAUGGUUUAAGAAGUACAAAUAUGUCAAUCUUAGAUGCUGCAGUCCUAGGCAAAUGCCUUGAAAAGUGGGGAGUGGAAAAUUUGCCUUCAGCUCUUGAAGAAUAUCAAAGUGUUCGACUACCAGUCACCUCAAAGCAAGUCCUAAACUCUCGAAAAAUGGGACGAAUCAAACAAGGGUUAUCUCUCCCUGAUCGUGAGCUUUUUGAUCCGAAGAUAGCAAGUCCGGAGGAUUGUGAAGAGCUUAAGCAGAAAAAUAUGCCUUUCUUUGAUGGUGUCCUUUCCUAGCUAAUUGGUCACAUGCUCGACUUGAUCAAGAAGACUAUAGUCAUAAAUACUCCAACCUGGUUCAAAAAAAUGUAAAAUAAAACAAAAUCAAGAAGCAAGCUCGAGUCCUGUUAGUUUAUUAGAAACCUAUGCCAAUAAACAGGCAACUUAUGUUUUUGGCAAGAUGGAAUUGAUCAUCUCUUCAAAAUGAAAGUUAUUUGAAAUCUAUUGUACCAAUUAUUUUUGCAA